AUGAAGAAGGAUGAUUUUUAUUACUAUUUUUUUUCAGGGUACAAGCUUGUCCUUCAGGUGGGGGAGAAAGAGUUCAAAUCUAAGGCGGCGGCGGCGGGGGGAGGCAGCGGCGGCGGCGGCGGGGGUCCCCCCGGGGGCGGCCCCCUGCUCAUCCCCUCGGCCUUCGGGACGGUGCUGUCGGUGAUGUACGUGGCCGGGGUGGCGGGCAACGUCUACACGCUGGUGGUGAUGUGCCACUCGGCGCGCUGCGCCGCCCCCAUGUACAGCUCCAUCGUCAGCCUGGCCCUGGCCGACCUCCUCUACCUCUCCACCAUCCCCUUCAUCGUCUGCACCUACCUGGCCCAGGACUGGUACUUCGGGGACCUGGGGUGCCGCAUCCUGCUCAGCCUGGACCUUCUCACCAUGCACGCCAGCAUCUUCACCCUCACCCUCAUGUGCACCGAGCGUUACCUGGCCGUCACCCGGCCCCUGGACACCUUGAAGAGGUCUCGUGGCUACCGGAAGGUCACGGCGGGGGCCGUCUGGUCGGUCUCGCUGCUCCUUACUCUGCCCAUGAUGCUGAUGGUCACCCUGACCGAAGGGGGCAAGGCAGAAGGCAAGGUGAAGAGGAUGUGUGCGCCCACCUGGAGCGUGGACGCCUACCGGACCUACCUGACGGUGCUCUUCAGCACCAGCAUCAUGGCCCCGGGAAUCAUCAUUGGCUUCCUCUACACGCGCCUGGCCAGGACCUACCUGGAGUCCCAGAGGAACCCACCCCACAAGGAGAAGAGCAAGAGAUCCCCUCGGCAGAAGGUCCUCAUCAUGAUUUUCAGCAUCGUGCUGGUCUUCUGGGCCUGCUUCCUGCCCUUUUGGAUCUGGCAGCUGGUGCGACUCUACAGCAGCUCCCUGCAGCUCACCACCCAAACCCAGAAGUGCAUUAACUACCUGGUGACCUGCCUGACCUACAGCAACAGCUGCAUCAACCCUUUCCUCUACACCCUGCUCACCAAAAACUACCGGGAAUACCUGCGCAACAGGCACCGCAACUUCUACAGGUUCACGUCCUCCUUUCGCAAGAGGGGCUCCAACCUGCAGUGCUCCUGGGGACGGUCCAUGUCCUCCAGCAACCAGUACGACUACAGCUCGGAGGCCCUGGGCAUGGCCACGCUGAAGGACAAGUGAGGGAGAGGAGGCGCUCCGGAGACACCAGGACCAGCAGAGCGUCUGGCCAAGGGCUUCUCUCAUUCCAUUUGACCUCAUAUUCCAUCCCUGGAGGAGUUACAUCAAGACUGGAUCCCCAAUGCCAUGGUCUGGGUUGCAAGUGAAGGAGAUGGUGAUGGCAUAGCGAGUGCCCCAGUGGACCUUUUCCACCCGAUGAAGGUUCUCUGAUCCAGAGGUGAAAAAUGAAACCCGGCCUGUAAAGACAAAGCAUUUAAUCAGCGGCGUGGAGUCUGGCACUCAGCUAUCAGCUCUCUCCACAGUUCUGCUGUUGUCUCAGUUGGACUGUGCCCCAGCUGCCCGAGAGCCCAUCGGUCAUCACAAAGACAAACUGUUACCAGCUUAUGCUGCGCUCUGACAGCUUUAUGUACUGUUUAAAACAUACAUUAAUCCUUUGUGCUACAAAACUGGAGACGUAAUUCCACCGUAUCUCAUAGUUUAUAAAAGGCAGGAGGAAGCCGAGAACAUCUGAAGCCAGUUCUUAGUUGCCUCAAAAAAAACAAAACCAAGCAACUCUAAGUGGCUGCCAGCAAAGUGCAUUGAUUUCCUCCCUGCUCCCCUUCUAGUCUGGGCUCUAAUUUAAGACCAAAGAAGGAGGAAUUACUACCAAGGUGGCAAAAAGUCUUCAAUGACAAAAUGCUCAGCAGGUUCACAAGCAGCUAUGGCAGCUUACCAGCUUUGUACCAAGUAUUUGCUAUAGCUUUUUGGGCACAGCCUGAUCACUCACUGUUCAGCCAGUUAGAAAAGUACAUAUGGGACAUAUCCAAAUUCAUUUUCCUUCAAAAGAGCCACUCCAUCAGUGCAUUGGCUUAGAAAUUGUUUUAUAGAUGUGAGUGCUCACUCCUGUGCUUCAUCCUCUCCAAGGGUUGACCACCACCCACCUGGUUCUCCAGGCCUGACGUGGCAUCAAGGUGAAAUGCAGUUUCUUUGGUAAUGACAGCAGAGGUCCAUUAGCAUCCCACUGGAUGAAACAGCAGAAUGGAGCCCUCUGCACCCUGACAUGACUAAACUGUUCUGAGAACACAGAAGUUUGACAUUUAGCACGUUAAUUCAGAACUGAUGCAACUCUGUAGGAGUUCUCACAUUCUCCUGAGAGAGCCAGUAGUACUCAGAUGCACAGCUGGUUUAGCCCAAUAACUUCUGGUUUUCCCACUCAGGCUUUUCCCCCCUGUUCAAGUUAGAUUGAAGUUUGUUAAAAAGCUUAUCAUAGAGAACUCCCAUUGACAAUCUAACCCUGCCUGGGACUCAUUCACAAUCAGGCAAAAUGAAACACUUAGAUGCCUACUUAAAAAGUUGUACAAGAAAAACUGUUCCAACCAUUAUGUGAUCUCCUCUGCAGAAACAGGCACCAGACACGUAGCUAGUUUUCUGCUCUAGAAUUGAUCCAAAAGAUCCAGAAGUUCUUUUGCUUGCACACUGCUAAGCAGCACAUGGGAGAUUUGAACAAAACUGGACUGGCCUUACAGAGCUCAGUUUGCCCACUGACCUCCAAGGUCCAUUUGAGCAGCCCCUGUGUCCCUUGCACGUUCAGCUGCAGAUCACAUUUAAUCUCUCAUAGUUCACAUAGUCUCUCAUAAUUGCCAAGCAGAAGUCAUAUCAUACUCUUCUCUGCCUCUGGCUGCACAUCAGUAACUGGUAACGCUAUACAUAUAUAUAUAAAAGUAGAUUCAUUCAUACACACAGCUCAUUUACACCUUGGUGUCCAGCUUUCCUGAAUGAAAGGCUAAAUGAAGACAAUGUCCUCCUAUCCUAUUAGUGUUGCAAUGACCAGCGCUACCCUCAAGGAUUUCAUACCAAGUCCCUUUGUCAUGAGUUAAUUUUUUUCCCUUUCAAAUCAUAUUUCAACAUCGUUCAAGUACUUUAUUAUCAGUCCCUCAAUUACUCACCCAAAGCUUUGCCUUAAACUGGUUUUCAAGCUUUUUUGUUUGAUCUCGUUAGAAAAAGUAGUAAUUCAGAGUUAGACAUGUUUCAGUGUAUUGUUUAAGCCAGUUAA